AUGCCAUCACCAAUACCCAACGAAAUUCUAAGUGAAAUAUUUAGUAACCUCAAUUUUGAAACUGAAAACUAUUUUAUUCCAAGUCAAAAAGAUUUAUUUAGCUGUCUUUUGGUAAAUCAGCAAUGGUGCGUAAAUGCUAUUAAGGUCCUUUGGGCCGAACCUAUGCCAGUUGAUAAAGAUAGAGAUAUGCUUCGAAUAUACGCCAAAGUUAUUAGAAUGUAUCUUUUGUCUAUUGACGGACAAGAUAAACAACAACUAAUAGAUUAUGGGCAUAGAUUUGCAAACUCCAAUUCCAAGAAUUCUCGUAGAUUUCAAAAAUCUUUACAAAUACUUUAUGGUUCAAAAGACUAUCCUACUUCUCAAUCCGCUCAUGUCCUUAAUGAUUUGCCCACCUCUCAAAAAUCUUUGCUUAGUUCAUAUACCAACACACAAUCUUCUCACACAUUGUUAUUUGAUUAUCCAUCAUUUUUACGGUACCUAGAUCUUGACAGAUUACUACUUGGAAUAGUUCAUUUAAUAAAUCCGCGAGCAAAAUCCCGUCAAUUUGGAGAUAUUCUAAUAUUUCAAGCGAUCUUAAAAAUGCUAGCGAAGCGUUGCAAAAAUCUUUUAAGCCUUGUGAUCGACAAUCAAAUGGAGGAUUCAUUAACCCGAUUUGACGAUAUGUUCAUAAUGCUUAAUCCUGAAGUGCUUCCAUUAAUCUAUCCUAUUAAAGAGACUUUUAUUACUAUUAACUUUCCAAUUAAUAAGAUUUUUUUAACAUUAUCUUGUUUUUGUAAACAUUUGGAAUACAUAGAAAUAACGACCAUCCAACAAUUUAAUUUGCAAGAAACUGACAAUAGUGGCAUUGCAUCAUUGAUCGUUUCUCAAAUAUCACUACGUACAUUAGUACUUCGUGGAUCAUUUCAAUUUUUAGAUCAAAUAUUAUACGCGCUUCCAUCUCAGUCAGCCUCGCUCAAAGAUCUCACAUUUUCUUGCGCAGAUUUUUCCGAAUGCGCACCACUACAUAGUAUAGCAGCAUGUAAGAAUUUAAGAGAGUUGAGGUUCUGGGAAUGUUAUAAUCUUUCAGAUGAAAUAUGUGAGCCGUUGGUGAAUUGUGAAUUUGAAAAAUUACGUGUCAUUGAUUUGGAAGAAACCCAUAGCAAAAUACUGAUGGAAUGGAAAAAUAAAAGAGAGAAUAAGGAGGAUAAUAAAUUAGGUUGA